AUGAGAGACAAAGAUCUCGUCGACAAUGACGACGAUUCAUUUUCUUUGUUCAUUGUAGUUAUUCCCAGUAUUCCAAUCGAUGCACGAUGGUUACAAUAUGGAAAGACCGUUGCUGGAGGUAAUGGACAAGGCUAUGCUACCAAUCAACUCAAUUGGCCUCAAGGUCUCUUCGUUGAUGAUGAUCAAACGAUGAUCAUUGCUGACUACAGGAAUCAUCGUAUCGUCCAAUGGAAGAUGGGUGAUACAAGUGGACAAGUUGUAGCUGGUGGCAAGGGUCAAGGAAAUCGCUUAGAUCAAUUGAAUUUCCCAACCGAUGUGCUAAUCGACAAAGCGACUGAUAGUCUCAUUAUCUGCGAUUCAGAAAAUAGACGAGUCGUACGAUGGUCUCGUCGUAAUGGCACAACUCAAGGUGAAAUCCUCAUUGACAACAUCGCUUGUUGUGGAUUGUUCAUGGAUGAUCACAGAUACCUCUACGUCUCUGACUACAAAAAACAUGAAGUAAGACGAUAUCAAAUAGGAGACAAGAAUGGAACUAUCGUGGCUGGUGGAAAUGACAAAGGUGCUGAUCUCAGUCGACUCAAUGUUCCAACUUACAUCUUUGUCGAUCAACAACAGACUGUCUACGUGCCAGACUGCUACAAUCAUCGUGUAAUGAAAUGGAAUAAAGGUGCAAAAGAAGGCAUUGUCGUUGCUGGAGGUCAAGGUGAAGGGGAGGCUCUGACACAAUUGUCUCGUCCUGCCGGACUCUUCGUCGAUACGUUGGGUACCAUCUAUAUGGCAGAUUGCAAUAAUGAUCGAGUAAUGCGUUGGCCUAAAACAGCAAAACAGGGUACUAUCAUUGUGGGUGGAAAUGGUAGAGGAGUAGGCGCAAAUCAGUUCCAUUAUCUCCGUGGUUUGUCCUUCGAUCCACAAGGCAAUCUCUAUGUCGUCGAUCAUUUGAAUCACCGUGUUCAAUUUUUUUCAAUUCAAUAA